AUGGCCCUCAACCUGGAAAAGCAGCUACUUUUUUAUGGAGUCUACCAUAAAAACCCAGUGAACGUCGCGAUCCAUAUUACUUGUGUUCCGGCCUUGCUGUUCACGGGCAUCAUUCUUGGCUGCAACUUACCAACCCUCUUCACUCUCCCCGAGGCUCUCCAGAACCAAUACCUUCUCGCAAAUGGCGGCACAAUCAGCGCGUUCAUCUACGCCAUCUUCUAUGUGCUCCUCGAGCCCGUGGCAGGCGGUCUGAUCGCACCUCUGGUCAUCGCGUCUGCAGCCUAUGGAAACUAUCUGCUCGGGACCUACGGGACGAUUGUGAACUACUACGCUGGAGGCAUUCACGUCGUGUCGUGGCUGGCACAGUUCGUGGGACACGGCGCCUUCGAAGGGAGAGCUCCAGCCCUGCUCGACAACCUUUUGCAGGCGUUCCUCUUGGCACCGCUGUUUGUGUGGAUGGAGAUUCUCUUUUUCUUUGGAUAUCGCCCAGAGCUCAAGCAGCGGUUGGAUAAGAACGUGGAGCUGGAGAUUGAGAAGUUCCGGAAGCAACAGAAAGCCAAGAAAUAA